AUGUCAGAACUUGCUGAAGGAAAGCUUUUAGCAAGUAAAACAACCUCAGAAGCAGAAAAACAGGAUAAAAGACGCUUUCAAAUUGAAUUGGAAUUCAUUCAAUGUUUAGCAAAUCCGUGGUACCUUAACGAUUUAGCCCAGAAAGAAUAUUUUGAAGAUCAAACAUUUCUUAAUUAUUUAGAAUAUUUAAAAUAUUGGAAGAGACCCGAAUAUGCCAAAUGCAUAAUCUACCCACACGCUCUUCACUUUCUUGAUCUUCUCCAAAAUCAUAAAUUUCGCGAAUAUCUAAAGGAUUAUGAUGUAGCGUCAGAAAUUCAUUCAAACCAAUAUUAUCACUGGUUGAAAUGGAGACAUUUUGAUGAAGGAAAUGUUGGUGAAGGAUCGCGUCCAAAUGAAUUAAGGGAUAACGUUGAAAAUGUGAAUGGAAUACCUUUUAAUGAAAAUCCGGGAGGUGGAAUGUUGAAUGGUCAAGGAACAAGAUAA